AUGAGUCCCAAUACUACUGCCAGCUCCCAGUACCCACUGGUGAAGCUUCCUCAUCCCUUUCUGACCGCAUACCGCGUGCGCACCGUUGCCGAAGCCGAAACGUCACCAGCCAAACUCAGCUUGACUUUUCAUGAUCAGCCCCCAGCCGGCCGAUCCCCCCCUCAGCCUCUACACCUCGACUCUCUUUCGUGGCUUGAAUUAGCACCCCCUUCCCCGAAUACUUGUCCUCCCCCUUCAAACAACACAGCCUGGGCACGAGCCCGUCGCGCACCCAAAACCACGUUCCAAUGGACUGAGACCACACCGACAUUGGGACAGAUCUGGAACGUUGUCCAUACUAUAUACCUUGCCCAUCCAACCCAUGAAUACUUCAGCCUGGCCCUGUCCGGCGCAGGCCAGGAUGUCCUUCGCACUGAGCUCCUCGCGACCGGACUUGGAAUUGAGCAUCCUAAGGCCACACGGCCUGAUGACCGCGCAGUCCAGCCUUCUACCGACCUAUUGAUCCUCCGCAGUUCUUUCUGGCAAGGCGCCGCGUCGCCAAUGGGCCCGCGUCCCAUCUGGGUGGUGGGCGACGGCACCGAUGGCUCUCUGCGAGAGCCUUUAUCGCAAUACCCACCCAUGCCGGAGAACUAUCACUUCACGCAGAAGUUUCCCGAGGAGCCUAUUUAUGCCAGACACCCGAUCCGGCGGCCCAAGCCAGCUCCUGGCUCGAUUGCCUACAGUCGCUAUAUCCCUGAAUUGGAUGAGCACUUCUCUCUGGAAGUUGUAGAUUGGCAGGAUUCAAGCCAUUUGCAGCUCUUUAAUACCUGGCAGAAUGAUCCCCGUGUGGCAAAGGGAUGGAAUGAGACAGGCACACUGGAUGAACACCGCGAGUACCUCCGGAAGUUGCACGUUGAUCCGCAUGUACUUUGCUUGUUUGGGCGCUUCAAUGAGACAAGGUUCUCGUACUACGAGCUCUAUUGGUCUAAGGAGGACCAUUAUGGUGCGCAUUAUGACGCCCAUGACUACGAUCGCGGAAGGCAUUCGUUGGUGGGCGAUGCGUCCUUCCGUGGCGCGAAGCGGGUCAACGCGUGGUAUUCGAGUUGCAUCCACUACUGCUUCCUGGAUGAGCCAAGGACGGUGAACGUGGUGGGUGAGCCACGCGCAACAGGGGCAACGAUUCUGUCGUAUGAGAAUGCGCAGGGUCUGACGAUCGGCAAGUACGUCGACCUGGGCCACAAACGGUCAGUUCAUUCCAUCUGCAGCCGCGAGAAGUGGUUCCAGCUGUGCCCGAUAUUCUGGGAUGGGCGUGAGCGACCGUUGGAAUCGGCCGACCGUGCGGCGUGGAAUGCCAAGCUGUAAACUGCUUGGUCUGCAUCAACGAGAAAUGAAAAUACGUACUGGCCGGACAUGUCCCGGAGACUAGUCCUCCAGUGGAAGCGAGGGCCCCACUGCUGCACUAUCUAACCCUAGAUAGC